ACUGGGCAUGAGGCGCGCGCUGCGUUGGGUUGCACCACACACUCUCCAGGAAGUAGAGUCCCAGCACUGAGAUAAUAGAGAAACACUAUCCUCACCUGUCACCUACAGGGCAGCGGGCAGAAAACGGACACUAGUGUAUACGCCAAAAGUACGCGAAGGAAGCUUACAGAGUCCGUCAUGUGCUCGCUUGAGACAGGCCAAGUGUUAACCCAACCAAUUGGAUACAUUGAAUCCUGUUUUACUGGGAAAAAUGGUACUCCCAGGCAGCCUUCCAUUUGCAGUUUGUCUCGUGGCUGUUUAAAAAUCAGCAAAAAGAUAUUUAAUAAUCCUGAGCAUUCGCUUAUGGGUCUGCAACAAUUUUCCCAUGUUUGGAUUUUGUUCAUUUUUCAUAAGAAUGGACAUUUAAGUUGGAAGGCGAAAGUCCGGCCACCAAGACUUAACGGUGAAAAGACUGGAGUUUUCUCUACAAGAAGUCCUCAUCGACCCAAUGCAAUUGGCCUUACAUUGGCUAAACUGGAUAAAGUAGAAGGUGACACUGUAUAUUUGUCUGGAAUUGACAUGAUACAGGGAACACCAGUUAUUGACAUCAAGCCUUACAUUGCUGAGUAUGAUUCGCCACGACCUAAAGGUUCUCUAAAGGAGUGUCUUGAAGAAGUAACUUCACAGGCGGAAGGUGGAGAUGUGUCCAGUCCUGUGUUCCAGAGAAAAAAUUCUAAACACAAAAAAAGAUCUGAGCAAGAUGACAAUAACACUUUCUUGGACAUAGAUGACCAAUCUGUAGAAAAAUGUGACCUAUCUGGCCAAAUUUUAGACAAUGUGAAAGUAGUGUUGGAAACUGAUAAUGAACAGUCUUUUGUUGAAGACACUUGCUCCUUGCCGGAGUUUUCUUCCAAACUGCUUGUAGAGGAGAACAUCAAGAACCUGAAACAAAGUCCAGACUUACCUGGUCAAAGAAAUGGAAGCUUCAGUGAAAGCCAAGACAAACCUGGCACCUGUGACAGUUUUGUUGCAAAAUGGGUAACAGAGUCACCCGUGCCCAGAUUAACAGUUAGAUUUACACCUCACUCAGAAAAAGAAUUGCAACAGUUCAAAUCAUCAUGUGAACAGGGAGAACCGUCAUUUCGCUUCUUUCAGUCUGUUGAGGAAGCAAAGUAUGCAAUAACUAAAAUUCUCUCUGCUGACCCUCGAUCAGUCUACAGAAGAAACCAGUGUCUGGAUCGUCUUUUUUACUUUAGUCUUGAUACCAUUCACAUCACCUGCUGGUUUGGAGAUGGAUUUGCAGAAGUACUUAAAAUACAACCAGUUUCAGAGCAGGUUAAGACCUGAUUCACAGGGUUAUUUAGAAAAAAAGCAUAAACCUGUUUUUACCUUCACAUUCAUCAUGGUUUUCAAAAUCAUUGAGGUCUGUUUUUGUGCCCAGAAUUUGUCUCAGCAGUCCCCCUGUGAUUUCCCAAUUUGUCACCUGUCCUGUGGAUUUUUGUGUGUGUGUGUAUAUAUACUGUAUAUUUUUCUUCCGUGAAUUUUAUAAAUUUUAAUGUAAAAUCUGGGGGGGGGGGGGGGGAAUUGA